ACGCGUGCAAGACGGGGCGCCACAAGUGCGACAGGAACGCGGUGUGCAAGAGCUUCAAGCGGCUCCACAGGUGCUCCUGCAAGAAGGGCUGGGAAGGAAACGGCCGCGCAUGCGCAGACGUGGACGAGUGCCGCCUGCGCAACGGCGGCUGCGUGCACGUGUGCGCCAACUCGCCCGGCAACUACAGCUGCUCGUGCCACGGGGGCUUCGCGCCCGACCCGCUCGACCCGCACAACUGCCAGGACGUCGACGAGUGCGCGGAUCGCAACGGCGGCUGCCAGCACUCCUGCAGGAACACCAUCGGCUCCUUCGCCUGCGGCUGCAGGGAGGGCUUCACGCUCGCCACCGACGGCCGCUCCUGCGUCGCGUCGCCGUCGUGUUGGAAUCUGCGGUGCCAACAACACUGUUUAGUCAGCGCUACCGGGACUCCCGCCUGCGGUUGUCGCGAGGGAUACGUGCUCGUGAGGGCAAGACAGUGCGAACCAACGUGUGCCGUUGGUAAUGGAGGCUGCCAACACCACUGCCACCAGUCCGCCAACAGCCCCGCUUGCACCUGCCACUCCAAGUACCUCCUCGCUGCUGAUGGCCAGUCGUGCGUGCCGUCCUGUGCCAUCAACAACGGCGGGUGCCAACGCCGCUGCCACAACACCGCGACGGGAGUUCGAUGUUCGUGCACCAAGGGCUUCCUGCUGCACUCCGACCACCGCUCCUGUCUCGAUGUGGACGAGUGCGCGAGCGACGACGGCGGCUGCGAGUACCGCUGCAUCAACAACUACGGCAGCUACGAGUGCGUGUGUCCGACGGGCUACAAACUCCAGCCGGACGAACGCACCUGUCGGGACGUGGACGAGUGUGCCGUCAACGACACCUGCGAACACCUGUGCACGAACUCCCCGGGGUCUUACCAGUGUUCGUGCAGGGAAGGAUAUCAGCUGUUCGCGACGGCGCAUUGCGGGGAUGUGAACGAAUGCAGCGUGGACAACGGCGGCUGCAGCCAGGAGUGCAUCAACACCGAGGGUUCGUAUAAGUGCGCAUGCGAAUCCGGAUACCGCCUGCACGCGAACGGCAAAGACUGUCUGCAGACGGACAAAUGCACGCCGCUGAGGAACCCAAAUAAGGCGGAGGUGUCGUGCUACCACCUGGAGGACUACGGCUACGAGGAACGGUGCACGGUGCGCUGUCGUCCCGGUGCGCGGUUCACCUCCGGACCCGAUGACUACUACGUGUUCACCUGCGGCCGCCACACCACCUUCAGCUGGACGACACAGGAACCAGCUGCCAACGCUUCCCACCUGGCUUGUUCGGAGUCCCAGGUGGAGCCAGGGUUCAAGUGGUCGGUGAGGCUGAUGCUGACGACCAGCGGCGCCGACAACGCCACGAGCCACUCCGUCGCCAAGCCGCUCAUGGAGGCGCUGGAAGACAAAAUCAGCUACUGCGUGGACAAGUGCCAAUUGCGCUUCAUAUCGGAACAAGUGACAAAAGCCAAGCGUAUGGAGAUCCCGCCAGACACGCAAGUGAUCCGCGUGACCUUCGAGGUGCUGGUGUUCCCUCCGCCGCCGCAACGCCGCUGCCGCCAGAGCUGUGCCCGACGCCACGCCCGCAAACUCAUCCCCGGCGUCUUGGGCACGUUGAGGAAGACUCUCCUUAAUCUACGAGAAGUCAUCAGCGACACCGGCCAGAGGUUCGAGAUCAUCCCGAAGACGUACAAGACGAGGCGACACCACCAGGAGGCGUGUCCCGACGGAUAUGUCCUCAUCGGCAGCAAGUGCGUGGCGUGCAGCCAGGGGUCCUACCACGACCCGCGCAGCGACCUGUGCCUGGCGUGCCCGGCCGGGACGUACCAGGAGCGCGAGGGCCAGACGUCGUGCCAGGCGUGCCCCCCCUCCGCCCCCCCGGGAGGCCCCCACAAGCUCGCGGCUCGCAACGCCUCCGAGUGCUCAGACGCGUGCCCCCCUGGCCACUGGAGCAUCGACGGCUUCAGCCCCUGCCGCCCUUGCCCGGCCGGGACCUUCCAGUCUGACAUCGGCAGGGUGGAGUGCAUCCCCUGCCCGCAAGGACUGACCUCACCCGCCGCCGCUGCCUCGCUUUCCCACUGCUUCCAGGGCGCUCAGCUUUGCCAGCCGGGGCACUUCUGGAGUCACACGUCCCGCCAGUGUGAGAGCUGUCCCCGAGGCUACUACCAGCCCGACCAUGGAGCCUCUUCCUGCCGCCAGUGCCCCGGGGGCGUCCUCACUGACCACAUAGCCUCCGUGACUGUUGAAGCUUGCAAGAGACAAGAAUGCGGUGGUUUUGUGGGGAAUCUCUCGGGCGUGUUCGAAACCCCAAACUACCCCGGCAACUACCCAAACAACGCGAGAUGUACUUGGAUCGUCAAGCCCGCAAAAGGACGAAAAGUUCUUGUUGUCGUGCCUGAGAUUCGUCUGAGUCAUGACCAGUGUGGAGACUACCUGGUGUUGAGGACAAGAUUGUUUAAGAUUAACUAUCCUCAAUAUGCCACGAGUCGCCGUAUAGCACCGUCACCUACGAGACCUGUUCGAGCGUGGACCGGCCGAUGGUUCUUCUCGCUGUGGGUUCACUUCCGCAGCGACGGGAACGUCACCCAGCGCGGGUUUCGCAUACGCUUCGUCACUUACAACGAGGAAUACCACAAGCUAAUUGAAACGAUCGUGAAGGACAACCGUUUGUAUUCCCUUCAUAAUCAUCUGGAGAUCUUAAGGGAUGUUAAAGUCUUUGUUGGUGGAUAA